CAUGGAGUGGACAUCGUACAACUCGCUAAAUAUGCGAGGACAAGGAUAAUUAAUGAGAAGCCAUGCAUCAUUUCGUGUUUAUUUAUUCCUUUUUUCGCGAAAUAAGUAGACGCUGUCACUUUGAAUUGGUAUCAUUAUAUUUUUGCUUGUUGGUGAAACCAGUUUGGUGAAAGUUUGCAAUUUCGGAUUGAGUGAGUGAUGGUUUUUGUGCACCAUUGUUUUUGUUAGCUUUCGUAAUCGUUGCACUCUGAAGGUGGGGCAAGGUCACGUGGUAUUUAGUAAGAGGAAGGCGUGGAAAUACGUACGAUGCCCAUUUCUUUCUUCUCCAUAAUCGAAGAAAUGAGCAUGGCGACGGGAAGAGAAAGUGACGCCAAGGGGUCAGUGUCGAAUCCUGCCACGAUUUGUGCAAGUGUUGUGGGGGGAGGAGGAGGAAAUAAUAAGUUUCCAGUGAAAAAACUGUACAGUUGGAUGGGGGGCGGUGGGGGCAAGAGUUUGAGAAAGGGGGACGAUUUAUUCUGGUGUUUCCGGCAUUUUCUAAGAUUUGGGAAAGUUUGUGGGGUUGUGCCGUUCGAUGGGAUUUUCUUUAUGGGCGGAGGCGUCAAUGCGGUCCAGUUGAGAUGGCUGAGCCCGGGCGUGCUUUACAGUAUGACGAUCAUGCUGCUGCUCGCGGUCAACGUGGUCAUCGGGUUCCUUGGGUUGUUGCGAUUUGGGGGAAAAAAUGCGACGGAAUGGGCCUGGUCAGCAGAAUCCUUUGUAUUCUAUUCCAUGGGAUUCUUCAUCCACACGCAUUUUAUGACGCAUGGUCGGAGUCUGAUCACGAUUUUUAAGAAGUGGUCCAACCUAUCGUUGACCUUCACGAGGCUGGACUCCCACCUGUAUCGGGACGCCAAUCUGAUCGCUGGGGUCAUAUUUACGUCUGCAAUCCUGGAAAAUGCCCUGCUUCAAGUCAUCUUCUUUACCAUUCCAAUAAGUCCGGAGAGUCAAAGUCACACGCCACUCCUGAAAUAUUAUGAAAAGGCGCAAAAUCACUGGUCGCAUUUUAUCCCGUAUCACGAACUUUUUUCAAUUUUGAUCUUCUUCUCGAAUAAGUUUGCCCUUUACGCAUGGAAUUUCGUCGACAUUUUAAUCAUCUUAAUGUCACGGGCGAUUUAUCAUAAAUUUAAAACGCUGAACGAGGUCGGACAUCGCGUCCUUUUGGAGAAAGUUGGAGCGAGAGAAACGUCCCCAGAAUCGACCCUUUGGGGCAACUUUAUUGAAGAGUAUCGAGUUUUGUGCGGAGUGCUGAAAAUGUUUGAAGAGUUUUUAUCCCCCCUCAUUUUGGCGUCUUAUGCAAUCAAUUGUUUCUACAUUUGCCUCCAGCUGCAUUUGGGGAUGACGGCGAGUGACGGGAAUAACUCUACGGAGCAGAAGGUGUACGCCAUGUGGUCCUUUAUCCACCUCAUCGUACGCAUGUUUAUGGUUUCCUUUAACGCUGCGAAAAUCAGCGAUCAUGCGAGGAACACGUUAGAAAUUUUGUACUCUUGUCCAGACCAGUGUGAGACGAAGGAUAUUGAGAAGGCACGUUGGAAGAUUUCGACGUCUCGGACGGGAUUGACGGGGUUGGGCUGCUUCAUAAUUACGAGGCCUUUCAUCCUUAAAGUGGUCAGCGUGAUUUUUACGAUUGAAAUCGUGCUCUUGCAAGCACCCGGACCUGGAUAUUGCUCCAACGACGCCAACAGCUCUAGUAGAACUUGAUAAGAUUGCAACUGUGUAACAUCGCCAUUACAAUAAAUAACUCUUUUCUUUAUAUGACAUAUGACGACGUACAAGAUUAAUAAAUCUCAUAUUGGUUAAUUUUA